UGUACUGUACCAAUAACAGCAAUCUAGUAAACAAAUUCUUCCUGACUAUGUGAAGAGAAGUAUUAGCCAAUCAGAGUGCAGUGUGCUUUGUUGUCAUUGUACGUAACCAAUAAAUGAGGAGACUGUAUAUGUAAAGCCCCGCCUUGUCCCUUACGGAAGUAAGCGGUUCAGUGAAGCAGAAACGAGAUUUAGCUAAUUUGUUGUCAUAUUCGUAACUUCCACACAUAUAAAAGAAGGUUCAGCUUCUUUUAUUCGCUCACUUCUUUUCUUCUGCAAGAAUAGACAAGCAGGAAGCGGAACUGACAAUGGGAAUAAUCUAAUUGCUGGAUCAUCACAAGAUGGCAAAGCAUGUGAUAUUGGGCAUGCAGACUGUUGUAUUGGAUUGAAUGGAUGAUUAGAUUAAAACCGGGGGCGAAACGUGUUUUAAAGCCUAUUAAAAGCGUAAACAUUUAACGCUGAUAUAAGAUGGUCCAUGUGUACAACUGCCACCCGUUCGCGUCUCAGCGGAUCGUCCCUGCGGCGCAGGAGCCCGGGCUGGUGUGCUGCGGCGGGGGCGCGCUGUUCGUCGUGUCCGCUGGAGGAUGUAAAAUCGAGGCGUAUCACAUGCAGCAGGAGGAAUGUCCUCUAAUCUGCCGCUUUUCCACCAUGGGCAUAGUGCACAGGAUUGUGUACAGUCAGAUCGGGGAUUACCUGGUCACCAUUGAAGAGAAGAAUGGUGCCACCUACCUGAGGGCUUACACCAACUGGCGUUACCAAGCAGCUGAGAAGAAGCGUGUAGGUGUUCGCUUGCUCGGGCACCUCAUGCGCGGCCCGGUCCACCAUGGCACCCCCAAGGAACAAAUGGAGAUUGUAGAGAUGCCAUUAUCAGAGACACCACUCUGUACUGCCUGCUGCUCCAUAACAGGUGCCCUGCUAGUGGCCUGUGCAAAGAGCUUGGUGCUGUUCGGUCUGAAGCGGCAAUCGCUUAGUGAUCAACUCGACGCCCUUGACUUCGAGAGGCUCCUCAUCCUGUACAUUUCUGGUUUGAGCCCGUUGCAGGUGGCACUCUGUGGUGGCUACGUGGCCCUGCAGACAGAGCUGGAGGUGCUGGUGGUGAAGCUGGAGAACCUGGAAAAGACAUGUGCAUCCGAUGAAGUGCAUACACAGCUGCCUCAUGAUGAUAUGGCUGCAGCUGGUGUUACUGAAAAUGAUGUUAAAAAGGAACCACAGAGUCCCCUUGAGUCUGAUGACUUCUUUGUGUUCCCGAAGCAUCUGGAGAUGCUGGGAGAGAAGGCGAAGGAUUGUGGGGUGUCUCUGUCUUUAGAGUGGACUGGGAUGGAGACAGAGGCAAGCGACAGCAUGGGAGUUACCUACAUCUUGUACAGGAGGUUUGCCCCAGAUUUCUUCCAGGGCUGCAGUGUGGAGGAGACACGCUUACACUCCCUGCAGCUCCACCCCAUGUACACUGGGAAUCCGGAUGUAAGCAGUGAUCUAGAAAAGAGUGAUCCCGCCUGUAUGUUCUGUUUCUUUUCUCUGCCAAAUGCUGGUUACAUGUACAGUCUGAUCAACACAGUAGAGCUCAUCUCCACCUACCACUACCCGGAAAAGGCCCGUCAGGCUUUGCUAUGCAACCAGUUUCUACAUGUCAUCACACAAAAUUCUCUGCAGUGUUUCUCUGUGAGAUGCAGUGCUGUGGCUGCUCGAGUCGAGGACCCCUACAUUGACACCACCAUGAAGGCCUGUCCUCCUUUCACUAUGGAAGUUAGCGCCCUCCGUAUUCAGCUGUUCAUCGGUCUGAAGUCUCUGUGUCAUGACGGGAAUCGCAUUGUGCUGCUCACAGCUGCUGACGUUGAGACCAAAGAGGAGAUCCAGCGAGCGACUAGAAGAUCUAUGUCCAGGAAGACCUCAGUGUCGAAGCUAAAGGAGCCCAGCGAGACUGGCCAUGGCUGGAACCUGUACGUGAUAAGCACCAUGUCCACACUGCAGCUCUACAGAGAGAUGGUGGAGUACAGUAAGCGAUAUGAGCAGACUAGCCCGGCGUCCCAGAACUGCAUUCAUCUGCUGAGUGAAGCUCACCUGCUGCUCAGAGCCAGUCUUCUCUGUCCGAUCACAGACAGAGCCGAGAUCCAGGAAGCCUUCCAGGAGAGUUGUGCCCAGCUGGGAGACUGCUUCAGCAGGCAGGAUAAACGGGAUUGUCACUUGGCUCUUCCAUACUACAAGAUGUCUGGCUUGUCGGUGACGGAGGUAAUCCAGAGAAACAUGGCAAUAUGCAGAGGUCCUGUUCCAAAUUAUGGGAAAGGCUUCCUCUUCUUCCUUAAGCACUCUCUCUAUGAGGAAACCAUGGAAGAGCUCAGCGAAGAAACUGCUAACACCGUGUUGGAGAUUUUCAGUCAGGCCGAGCCAAGCCAGCUCCCAUAUGUAGUGAGCAGCUCAUUCAUGAAGAACGCCAAUCCUGUUCGUGCACGUGCACACCUGGAGCAGCUGGAGCUCGGUGGUGCCCCAUCUGUCACAGUCACACUGUGUAAGGCUGCUCAGGCACUGCGCUUGGGAGACCUGCACUACUACCAACAGCAAAUGGAUCGGCAUGCUGAGAUGCUGCAGGUGUACGGCUUCAUAGAGGAGCCCAAGCUUCUUGUGCACCACAGAGGGAAGUCCGUGGUGCCCACUCAGCUAGCACAGCACCUCCGAGACACCCAGGACGGCCUGCUGGUAGCUGCCAUUGUGGCGCUUCAUGAGAACAGCAAGGUCAAACUGGAGGAGGCUGAACUCUUCUUUCAGGAGUUGUGUAAGGACGGCACAGAGCCUCAGAGCAUUCCUCAGCUGCUGGUGGACUUCUGGGAGGCUCUGCUGGUGGCUUCGUCUCAGGAAUCGAUCAUCCAGGAGCUUUUGUUCCACCUCACCUCUGUAUACAUCGAGCGCAUCACGUGCAGAGAACACUCAGGCAUUAAAGCACUCAAAACAGCUGAAGACUUGAUUAACUCCUGCUCUCACUAUGGACCACUGUUUCCAUGGUUGAGCAUCCUGACUCCUGCUCAAUUCAACAUCACACAUGACCACCAAGAAGACCUUCAUAAACUCCAGUCUCUGCUGUGUGGCCCAACACUGGACGUGUCCUCCAUUGUACCUCUGCUAGAACAGCUACCUGAUGCGGAUAAUGCCGGCCUUAGCGUGCACAUGCUCUGUGCCACCAGACUGGGUCAGCAUGAGAGCACCAUCAAGAAGCUACUGGACCGCUGCCCUCAAGCCGUCAUCUCCUACGCCACCCACGAGUUACAUGGCAACAAAAUGGCUCUGUGGUGGCAGAAACUGUUUCCUGAGCUUUGUGAGAGGACACGGCUUUCUUCAGGAGAUAACAGUGUUCUAAUCGCCGCCCUCAAAGAGACUCUGGCGGUGGUGGCCAUGGAGCUGAACCCAUUAGAAUUUUUGGACUUGUUACCGGAUGAUGGUACUGCACACUUCUUCCUACCUCAUCUUCUGAAAUGCAGCCAGAGGCAUCUCCUUACAUGAAGUACAGGACAUUGUACAAACUAGGACUAGAACGGUAGAUCAUCAUAAAUGCUAACACAUGGGAAUAAGAUUGUGUGCAGAGUGUGCUUAAUUAUAUAACAUAAUGUUAACCAUGUAACUAUUUUAUAGCUCUUUAUCACAAUAUACUGUCAUGUAUGUAUAUGUUAUACCCCUAAUAGCGAAACACUAAAGAUAAUGUUUAUUGAAGUCUUCUGUGUAGAAUAUGAAUUCAGGACCAACACAAAUUGGUUGUGUUACGGGUUUUGCACAAACUUGCUGGUGUUAGGAAAUCGAGUUCAAUAAGUAAUUUAACUGGAUGUUAUAAGCUGGUUUUAACUGGAUAUGAACAAGAGAACCAUAUUGAAUUUCUGGACUAUACUACAUUAUAAGGGUAUAGUAAAUAUGUAAUAUCUGUGCGGUUAUAUGAUAUGACUCAUAACUGGUUUAGUUUAGUUCCAAUUUACUUCCUGGCUUGUAAUAUAUAUAUAUAAGGUGCCGUAACUACAAAUCUGUAUAUCUUAGUUCAGUCCAUAUCUGUUUUGAAAUAAGAUGUUUGCCCAUUACUGCUUUGGCUAUGAAUUUACAAACAAACAAAAAAAACAGUAUGCUUUCAAUAUUAGCAGACAAUCUACAGUACAUACUCUGAAUAUGACGUUUUAGAAUAAUGACCUAAAGAGUUAAUUUUAGAUUUAUGGGUUUCUCCAUAUUUCUGAAAGUAACUAUGGAGGCACAUAUCCUUUACAAGGACUCAAUUUUAAAGGAAGAUGACAUGACUGAGAAAAUAAAGCGAAUCUUCCAGGUGUAGUAAGUAUUUCAGUUUUUUAUUUUUUUAUUUAUUUUUUAUUUAGUUUGAUUUGAUUAACAUAAUACACUCAGGUGUUUAAUGUAAGCCUAGUCAUGUUGUGUUUCUUUUUUUUUAGCCAAUUGAAAAAAUUUUUGUAUGCGUCCAUAUAUACAUUCGGAAAUACAAGCAAACUCAAGAUCAUGUAAAAGGUUAAAAAAGUCAAUUUGCUUCUGCGAUGGAUCACCUGAAUUUCCGGGUCAUAACAGAUUAACUUUUAAAAUAUUGAUCUAAAAUUCAUAAUUUGGGCCAUUCCAGCAUCUAAAUUGUCCACUAAAAUAGAAAAAUAUAGUUUUUUGUAAAUUUGUAUCCAAUGCAACACAUUUGAGUUUUAACACAGCUGCCUCAACUCAUGAAUGACUCGAUUAUCAAUUCAACAUUACAGUCAUGUGAGCUCAAGCAGGAGCAACAUUGUAAUUGUUACUGCUCACACUGAGAACCCAUGCUUUAGGGUUUUGUUGGUUUGUUUGUUUUGGUUUAUUUACUUUAUUAAUCUAUGAUCUAUGCAGGUUUAAGUACUACUGAUUCCUCAGCAAGAAGUGACAAGUAGUACACGCCUUGAUGCUUAUUACAUGCUGUUUCCUGUCUUAUGACACAUAAAUAUUUGCACUUUUUACACUUAUCUGUAUUUUAUGUAUUGUGUGCUGAUAUUUAAAACACUUGUGUACAAUUGCCAUAAAGAUUUAUUCAUAAUGUAUGAAUAAUGUUUUGGAGUUACAGUAGGUAUUGGAUCAGAAAAAUGAUUGUGUUGAAGUUCUUCAGAUCUAGCCUAUUUGCUCUCUGCAAAUAAAAAAUAUUUAACGUUAGUUUUAUAUUAUUAAAUAUGUUAAGGUUGUAUUAAUUAAGAGAUAAUGUAUAUGAUAAUCUGAUUGUAGUAGAUUCAAUUAAACUUUUUACUGGUAAAAAA